UCGCCUGUUGUUGCAUGGAUUCUAAUAAUGAAAAAGCCGGUUCGUCAAAGUUUUACUGCACAAUGCUACGCGCCCAUGGAUUAGUAUUCACUAAAUUACGCAUAUUUUUGUUCAAAACCCAUCAUUCUAAAACCCUGUUGUCUUCAUUGCAUCCGUCCAGGUGUCUUCAAGGAAUGGCUGAGGUUUCAUCACCAUCCUCGUCAGCUUUCACCGAACCCACAAAAGAUGAUGUGAUCGCUCGACUGCGACAGACCGAUGCAGCGGACAUGCUUGCAGGCCUCCCUCCUCUCCCAACCUCAGUACCAAGAGCUGCCGUUCUAGUGCCGCUUUUCUACCGCAACAGCCAGUUGCAUGUCCUGUUGACUGUACGGUCCAGCAAUUUGAGUUCCCACCGGGGAGAGGUUGCUUUCCCCGGUGGAAAGAGCGACGAAGGUGAUGCAGAUCUCCGAGAAACAGCUCUUAGGGAAAGCGAAGAAGAAAUCGGACUGGCCAGGGACAGGGUUGAAAUUAUCUCCCAACUCAGCUCGGUAUUUGCGCGGCGGGGAACGUUAGUCGUACCAUUCGUGGGGUUCAUACCGGAGGAUUUUGAUCCCGUCCCAAACCCAGAAGAGGUUCAGGAUGUCUUCACAGUGCCUUUUGCAACAUUUCUCCAAUCGUCAGAGGAUCACAAGCAGCGAGUCUGGACUGACAGCGGGCAGGAGUUCCUGUUGGAUUUCUUUACUCAUUAUCAAGAUGGCAAGCAGAUUACUACCUUCGGACUCACUGCAAUAAUUUGCAUCACAGCGGCAUCCAUUUGUUUCGGUCGAAGUCCCGAUUUUGAGAGUUUGAUAAAAUUUGAUAGUUCCAAUCCGAGAAAAAUUCAUGAAAUUUCGAAAAAGUCGUAUAUGAGGCAAGUUAGGAAAUAUGAAAAAGCAAAGCAAGGCAAUCUUUAAAUUUAGGCUGAAUUAGGGGGUAAGAAGAGAAGAAGGUAUUUAGGUUUUAGCACCUUAUUGAAUCCCAGUGUGUAGCCUGUCCGUUCUAGAAUCCAACACCUACAAAAACUUCUUAAUGUUUUGAUCAAUAAAAUAUAAAGUUUAUAUUGUUGAAUUAAGCAUUGUUUAGGUGAAAGUUCACAGAUUCUCGGUAUUAGAGAACCUUUCUUUCCCCCCAGAGCAUUUCUCUCAUAUUACAGUAACCAAAUUGUUCAUACAUAUAUUAAAGAGCCAUGUAAACAAAUAUGGGCUCUACAGUUCAAAUCGUUCAAAAUGAUGCAAAAUUCUAUGUUGUUAUGGAGGGAUUUUGGUGUUGGUUUUAAUAAGAAUAUAUCCCAGUGUGCAUGAUUGUAACUUGAUCAUUGAUGUGUACAUGUACUUUUAAUGACAUUGAGCAAAUGAAAAGGGACAUUAUUUGCUUUUUAAUCCUGAUCCUAACUUACCCAGGCUUCCCAAACUAUUGUUUCAUGGGUUGUAUAAUAUUCAGUUUCUUUUAAAUUAAAAAUACAUCUGUAAUAUACAAUAUUUUUUUUAAUUAAAAAUAUUUAAUUUUAAAUUUCAUAUCAUUAAAAUGUACGAAUUAUUGUACACAUGACAUGUGUGGAGGGUAAUUAUGCAAUAAAAUAGAGAGGAAAGAAAGAUUUCCUCAGAAGCUUGGAA